AUUGGGCAGACUGCAAAGGGGACAAAGUGAGCAGAGCAGAGCAGAGCAGAGCAGAGCUUCGCCAGGAGACAGCAAGACCGACCGCUGAGGCGCAACUCUGUCGCAGACGCUCACCCAGUCAGUCACUUGGAGGUUGCACGCUGAGGAAGUUAACUUGAACAUUUCUGCUCUUCUCGAUCUCCAACUUGUGACUGGUGGAUGUUUGCAGCUGGCCAAGGUGCAAAGGCAGAGUCGAAGGAAUGUACCCAAGUCGGAGCGCGGCGAGCGGCGGCGGCGGCGGCUGUCAUCCAGGCUGGAUGGUCGUGCUGCUCCUUGGCUUCCUGGACCUCGGCGCGUCCGCGUCUGACUUUGCCCAAGACCCCAGUGUGGUAGCAGUCCCUUCAUGGAACGCUUCUAGUGAUGGGCUUUCAUUUAUCCGCCUUGAGACCCCUAUGAACAACAUCACCACUUCUCUGGGCCAAACGGCCGAGCUGUUCUGUCGCGUAUCCGGCAACCCGCCACCGACGGUGCGCUGGCUUAAGAACGACGCGCCCGUGGUACAGGAGCCACGGCGCGUGUCGUACCGCUCCACACCGUACGGAUCCCGUCUUCGCAUCCGCAAUCUGGACACCACAGACACUGGCUACUUCCAAUGUGUUGCUACCAAUGCCCAGGGCACAGUGUCAACCACCGGCGUGCUCUUUGUCAAGUUCGAUCCGCUGCCUACGCCUCUACCGGGACGGCCAACGGAUGAUUUUGACGAGGAGGGCUUCUGCCAGCCAUACAGAGGCAUCGCCUGCGCCCGCUUCAUCGGGAACCGCAGCAUCUUUGUCGACUCGUUGCAGAUGCAGGGCGAGAUCGAGACCCAGAUAACAGCGGCCUUCACCAUGAUCGGAACGUCCAACCAUCUCUCGGAUCGCUGCUCUCAGUUUGCCAUCCCGUCCCUCUGCCACUUUGCCUUCCCGACGUGUGACCGCAGCUCGGGGGCCGACAAACCUCGGGACCUGUGCAAGGACGAGUGUGAAAUCCUGGAGAAUGACUUGUGCAAAACCGAGUACAUCAUCGCCCGCUCCAACCCCAUCAUACUGAAAAGACUGAAGCUGCCAAACUGUGACGAUCUGGCAGCCUCGGACAGUCUGGAGGCAGCCAACUGUCUGAGGAUCGGCAUCCCCAUGGCGGAGCCCAUUAACAAAAAUCACAAGUGUUACAACAGCAGCGGCUCCGAAUACCGCGGCACCAUCAGUAUGACCAAGUCGGGCCGUCAGUGUCAACCGUGGAACUCCCAGUAUCCUCACAGCCACAACUUCAUGGCCGUCCGCUUCCCGGAGCUCAACGGGGGUCAUUCGUACUGCCGCAACCCGGGAAACAAACACGAGGCCCCCUGGUGCUUCACGCUGGACGAGGGCGUCCGCAUGGAGCUCUGUGACAUCCCCAUCUGUGACCACAAGGAGAAGUCUGGUGGUGGCAACAUGGAGAUCUUGUACAUUCUGGUUCCGAGCGUGGCCAUCCCGCUGGCCAUUGCCUUGCUCUUCUUCUUCAUUUGUGCGUGCCGCAACAACCAGAAGUCGGCCAGGCCGCCUGCCCCUCGCCAGCCGAAACCGGUGCGUGGGCAGAACGUGGAGAUGUCCAUGCUCACGACAGCAUACAAGCCAAAGAGUAAGGCCAAAGAGCUUCCCCUGUCAGCGGUCCGUUUCAUGGAAGAACUUGGAGAGUGCCCACUGGGGAAGAUAUACAAGGGUCACCUGUACUUGCCGGGCAUGGACCAAGCACAACUGGUUGCCAUCAAGACCUUGAAGGACGUCUCCAGCGUCCAGCAGUGGAGUGACUUUCAGCAGGAGGCGGCCGUGCUGACGGAGCUGCAGCACCCAAACGUGGUGUGCCUGCUGGGUGUGGUGACACAGGAGCAGCACGUCUGCUUGCUCUUUGAGUUCCUCCCUCAAGGCGACCUUCACGAGUUCCUCAUUAUGCGUUCGCCACAUUCCGACGUGGGCUGCAGCAGCGACGAGGACGGAACCGUCAAAUCCAGCCUGGAUCACGGCGACUUCCUGCAUGUGGCCAUACAGGUUGCUGCUGGGAUGGAGUACUUGGCCAGUCACUUUUACAUCCAUAAAGACAUUGCAGCGCGCAACAUUCUAGUCGGCGAGCAGCUCCACGUGAAGAUAUCUGACCUGGGCCUGUCCCGAGCGAUCUACUCGUCAGACUACUACUGCAUCCAUCCCAAAACGCUUUUUCCUAUCCGCUGGAUGCCCCCGGAGGCCAUCGCCUACGGAAAGUUCACCACAGACUCGGACAUCUGGUCCUUUGGGGUGGUGCUGUGGGAGGUCUUCAGUUACGGCCUGCAGCCUUAUUAUGGCUUCUCCAACCAGGAAGUGAUGGAGAUGGUUCGAAAAAGGCAGCUGCUGCCCUGUCCUGAAGACUGUCCGCCGAGAUUCUACGGUUUGAUGAGCGAGUGCUGGCAGGAGGGACCAGCGCGAAGACCUCGCUUCAAGGACAUCCACAACCGCCUCCGAGCCUGGGAGGGCCCGUCGUCUCACGCCAGCUCCAGCACGCCCUCUGGCGGCGGAGGCAACGCCACCACCCAGACCACCUCGCUGAGCGCCAGUCCCGUCAGCAAUCUGAGCAACCCUCGCUACGCCGCCGCCGCCGCCGGUUAUCUCUACCCGGCCCAGGCGAUCCCCUCGCCGGGCCAGAUGGCUCAAAUGCCAGCGUGGGCAUCCAUGGCCAUGCCUCAAACGCACCCGCGCUUUAUUCCCGUCAACGGCUACCCCAUUCCGCCAGGUUACGCGGCUUUCCCCGCUCAUUUCCCUCCCCCGGCGCCCCCCCCGCGGGUCAUCCAGCAUCACAUGCCGCCGCCUAAAAGCCGUUCGCCCAGCAGCGCCAGCGGCUCCACCAGCACGGGUCACGUCAGCGGCGGUCCCUCCACCACGGGCUCCAACCACGAGGCCAACACACCGCUGCUGUCACACUGUAUCAUGCCGGGAAACGGCGGAGGCCCGGUCCAAGUGUACGGACAGCUAUCUCAGAAGACCAUGGGACAGCUGGACCACAUGCAAACAUCAGCGCUGCUCGCACCUGACUCGGACGCACUGAUGUACAAUGACGCUGUCAUCACUGCAGACCUGUAGAUUUAAAGAAAAAAAAAAAACGCAAUUGCUCACUGUCUCCCACUUGUGGCUGGCUUGAGAAACGACGUUGCUUCUCAUCCAGCUACCCAGGCAAAGACUUAAAUGCAUGAAGACUGGCCUGUGGCAACAUUUGGGUCUGCAACAACCAGCCACCAUCCAUCCAUCCAUCCAUCCAUCCAUUUGUCUUUGGGUAACCCGGAACCGGCGCCGGCUUGACUUUGAGCGAGAGGCGGCGUCCACCCCGGCCGGCCAGACUGGUUGCCAGCCAAUCACACGACAUUUAAACAAGUGUACUUUAUAUCAUACUGUUUCAAAUGUUGCCUUGUGUAUAAAUACACUGCGCAAGUCCUGAGUGAAUGAGCGGAUGAAAUGCAAAGUUCUAUUUUCAAGACAUGAAGACCAUCCAUCCAAGUGUAAGUGGAAUAUUGCAGUCCAAAUUGGGCCAGUUACGCUAAAACCCAAAAGCAUGCGACAGGUGGAAUUCAAUCCACCAAAGGUUCUCUCACGUUUGGUUUUGUGCAUUAAUCAGGCAGCUAAGCGCAUCUUUGCCAUGUUGACACGCGGCACGACACCUGAAUGUCACUUGCAAAUACACCUUUUCUACUUUCUGCCUUAGUUUCUGCAAAUAUGACAGGAAGUGCCUCAACGCCGCCAUUCUUUUCCCCAUCUCACAAGAGUGAGUUUUGUACAUUUGAUUUCCGAUUGGUUAUUAUUUUUGAAUAUUUGAAUUUUGAAGGAAACUCUCCUUGUUUUGUUACUGCCACAUGAAAGACGUGGCGAGUCGUGCUACCUUUUUAGGAGGAAUUAUAUGAUAUGCAUGGAUUUUAGUGGCCUCUACCAGAAGAAUGUUACAAUAUUGAAUUAGACUGAAGAAGAAAAACAAUGGAUGGCCUUUAAAAGGAUUCAUGUUUGCGCUGGUGGAGAAAAGACGUCACAAGUGUACUUACUGUUUGAACAUUGUCAUUUUUGUCUUUAGCAGUAUCUGAUGAUCAGUUGGAAGCACGUGAAUCCCACAAGCCUUAUUUGAACGUGUUCCAGAGCUCUACUACCUAUGAAAGCGACAAUCACUGCCUCGUGUUCUCACCAUUUUUCUCUCUGCGCACAUUGAGACCAUUUGCUAAUAUUCUUUGUUUUGGAACAAUCCACUGUUUGUAGAACAGCGGAACUUGAUGAUGACAUAUUUGGCAUUUUCAUCUUCAGGCCAAAAAUAAUUCAACAAUUUCUUUUCCAGGCAAUGUUUCCAGGCUCAGUCAUAUUUGUCAAGAAUUUGGCCUCUUUGUGAUGUAGCAAUGCAAAUACCACUUGUAUGCAAGACUGUGAAUUUUAAUCAAAUCAAAGUCCUUUUUGUUGGAUAGAACUAUUGUCAUUUUGUGUUUUUUGAACAAACCAUAAAAGUCCAUUUUGAGCGUUUGAAUUCAUCAUGGGGUGCCAAUUUGAGCAAGUUUACAUGUUUGUACCGUUUGACCAACAGGGCAAUUGUUUGUAUGAAUAUUUUUGCACAGGUGUUUUUGUAUUGCAGUCAUUUAUUAAAUGAUGUUUGCUUUA